AACAGGUUACGCACUACAUCUCUCCUCCUCUUAUAUUAAAACAUUUGUCGUCUGCCAACUUCAGUGCAACUCUUGUCAUCAUUAUAACCAGUCACAUCCAUUACAACCUUUUCUGCUGCUGCUGGUAAGUAAUAUCAAAACCGCUCUUCCAGCUUACACCAAAAACACAUUACUUAACACACAAACUAAUUUACUACUACUACUACUACUACUACUACUACUACUAGUGUCAAGUCUUGAAGGGCUUUUUGUUCCAUCAGAAAAGGACCAACAGCACCAACAACACCAUCGAUAACUGGAACAUCAUCAUUAUCAUCAUCAACAAGAGCAUGAAGUACUGCCGGGAACAGUAGGAGCAUCAUCAUCAUCAUAAUCAUUACCAUCAUCAUAAUCACUGAGAACGUUACCGUCGAUAGCAAAACUACCAGUCACCGACACCAUUACAUCCAUCUCUACCACCGCUAUCAUCACCAGCACCACCACCACCAACAACAACACCAUCACAACAACGAUAACAACAUCAGCAGCUGCAAAGCCAACAAGACUACAAAAGCAAAACAGGAAUCAAGAAGAAUCAUAGAACCAGGAGAAAGGGCAAUAUUUUUAAGAACAAACAACAACAGCAUAUUGCGACCACAGCUUGGGAGAAGACGAGGAUUUACAACAACAAAUCAGAUUAGCAACAGCGACAAUCACAACAACAGCAGCAGCAACAACAUCAGAUGCAGAAAUAAAAGAAGUGAAAAAAAAAAUCAUUAAAGAACACAAGACGUGAGAUUUACAACAACAACAAGAACAACUGCAAAAACAACAGCAGCAGCAGCACUUGUAGCAACAACGGCCAUAAUUCGGCAACCAGGAUUCACAAUGUUUUACCGUUUUGGAGGAAUACACUUUUGGUUACUCCUGUUAUCCACGAUUACCGACGGCUUGGUUAUGCCAAGAAUCCGAAGGAUGGCAAUCACUUCGGACAUUCGCUAUCGUUUCGCCACAACCCACAUCUCUCUCGACGUUGGCAACACACAGCAAUACACAGAAGACUUUUACUUCGAGACUCAAUUACCAGUUGGAUCUUUAAUAUCCAACGUUAGCUUAUAUGUUAAUGGAACUCAUUAUAAGAGCAAAACACAAAAAGUAUCGGAAGAAUACAAGAUAUGGCUGCAAAAAACAAACCUUAAAUUGAAACUAAUAAAAGAAGACAGGAGUCUAUAUUCUGACUCGAAUGUCUUUGUAAUGACGGUGCCGAUGGCUGCGCUGAGUAAAGCCCAGUUCAACCUGACCUACAACUACCUACUUCAUCGCCAAAAUAACAAAUACAAGUUUCCAGUUUACCUUUUCUUUCGGCAAGGACAAUACGUGAGCGAUGUGGUCAUCAACACUUACUUGUGGGAACCGACGAAAAUUAUGGAACCGUCCGUGAAACUUUUCAAAGAACACAACAUGCCAGUUGCGAGCAUCGAACAAAAAGUAAGCUUUGAUCGGAAAAUUCACUGGAUAUCUCCAAAUAAUAUCCAUAUAUCAUACAAGACUUCUUUUGAUAUGAUCAGGAAUUUAUUUAGCAGAAAUUUCUUACUGGAAUAUUCUUUGAAACAAAAUCCCAAAUCUUCAGGAAAUGUCUUGUGGCACAACAAAGAGGGACUGGUUUUCUUCUCACCUCGACGGUUGAAACCGUUUCCAAAGGACAUCAUCUUCACCAUAGAUUAUACUGAAUCCAUGAAAGGCGAGAAAUUGUCCGAAGUGAAAAAAGCAUUGUCCAGCAUAUUACGGAUGACCUCCCCAAAAGACCGGUUCAAAAUUCUUCUAUACAACAAGAACGUGUACCAAGGGGCUUAUGGCUUGCUGCCUGUUAACGCCCACAACAUUAAAAUGGCUUUCGAUUUAUUUAAGAAUACUAUUCCGUAUGAUACGAGUGACUUAAAUUUGGCCAUUGAAGAAAGUUUAAAACAGUUGAACAAAUCUGAUCCCAGCGAAAAAAGAGUCCGAGUUGUGUAUUUCCUUACAGAUGGCUGGCAGUCAAUGAAUAAUAUCAGAAGACACAAAAUAACCAAAUCGUUCCGUAAAGCUAACAAAGAUUGCAAAGCUAUAUUCUUCAACGUUGCUUUACAUUUGAAAGCUGACUACAUCUUAUUGAAGACCUUAUCGAAUCUGAGCGGAGGCAAAACUUUGAGAAUUACUGAGAAACAAAAUAUAUCUAAGUCUAUGGUAAAUUUCUACAAAGAAAUGAAGACGCCACUUUUAACUAAUUUAUCAACAGUUGGACCUUAUCAUAAUACAUCAUAUUACGUUGGUUUAAAGGAUUAUUACAAAGGUUCUGAAAAUAUCUUGUAUUUUAACAAAACUAAUGUAAACUCUAGUGAUGGUAGCACGUUAUAUGUCUACUCUGACGGCGCAAAUGGUGCGGUCAAGUUCAAGAAUACCAUUAAAGAUUCUCACAUCGAAGAUAAUAUUGGAGGGCUUAACAGUUUUGAGAGAAAGAAUUUCAUGGCAAAAUAUUUGGAUUUUUUAUUUAUAAGAAUGGUCAUUGACCGAAAGUUGAAAGCACGCAGGGAAGAGGCAAUCGACAAAGCAAUGAGGAAUGGCUUUUUGACACCCUGGACUUAUAUGUCUGCACUGCCCAGCUCUUACAACGCUGUUCAAAAUUUAGGUAAGAAAGCUUAAGUUUGGGUCAGGGGAGUAAGCCGAUUACAUUGGCCUCCAAUACUCAACUGGUACUUAUUUUAUCCACCCCGAAAAGAUGAAAGGUAGAGUCGACCUCAGUGGAAUCUUAACUCAGAACUGUUUGGAUUUUUAGGUCACCUCGUCUUUUCUUUCUUUGCAUUCCUUUAUGCUACAAUGUCAUUAGUUGCCAAACCUUGUUUAGCUCAAAAACGUUCAGAACAGGAAAAGAAAACAGUCCCUUUUGGUGGUUUGUAGAUUACUAUUUGUGGGCUUUUUAGUUUGUUUCUUUUCUUUUUUGUUUUUGGUUCCACUUUGUAAAACCAUUAUCAUCAGAUUCCUUGGGUUGUUCUCGUUACCCUUUUCGUCAUCUAUCUCUCUUUCUAUCGAUUGAUCGAUCUAUUUGAAAAAUAUAUAUUUUUAUAUAUAUACGAAGGGGUGCUUUAAAGGUGCGAAAGACCUGGCUGGAGGCCCAAACUUCUGACUUCUUUUAC